GGAGGAUUAAUACAAAAUGUGGAGACUAAGAAUUGGAGCUAAGGCCGAAAAUGGUACUCACUUGUUCACGACCAACAACUAUGUUGGGAGGCAGAUUUGGAGGUUUGAUGCCAACGCAGGCUCCCCACAAGAACUUGCCGAGGUCGAGGAGGCUCGUCGGAAUUUCUCUGACAAUAAGUCACGUUACAAGGCUAGUGCUGAUCUCUUAUGGAGGAUGCAGAAGAUUCCACGUGUUAGAGUAGAGGAUGCAGCGAAAAUAAGGUAUGAAGAUGCAAAAACCGCAUUGAGAAGAGGGUUACACUAUUUCACGGCCUUGCAGGCAGAUGAUGGACACUGGCCUGCAGAUAACUCUGGUCCAAAUUUCUUCAUCGCCCCUUUAGUUAUAUGCUUGUACAUUACUGGACAUCUGGAGAAAAUCUUCACUGUCGAGCAUCGUAUAGAGUUACUACGUUACAUGUAUAACCAUCAGAACGAAGAUGGUGGGUGGGGAUUACACGUAGAAAGCCCCAGUAUUAUGUUUUGUACGGUCAUCAACUACAUUUGUUUACGAAUUGUGGGAGUAGAAGCCGGUCAUGAUGAUCAAGGAAGUGCCUGUGCAAAGGCUCGUAAGUGGAUACUCGACCACGGUGGUGCUACCUACACGCCCUUGAUGGGAAAAGCUUGCAUGUCGGUUCUUGGAGUGUAUGAUUGGUCUGGAUGCAAACCUAUUCCGCCAGAGUUUUGGUUCCUUCCUUCCUCUUUUCCUGUUAAUGGAGGAAGAUCUCUGUUAUUCACCCUCAUUUUUACAAGAUUUGUUUUGGAAAGGUGUCCAUAUCUUCUCAGAGAGUAUUCUAAACCGAUGCCUUUCAACAAGCUCAUAAGACAAGCAGCUCUUCGAACCAAUAUGAAACUCCUUCACUAUCAAGAUGAAGCCAAUAGAUACAUUACAGGCGGAUCAGUGCCAAAGGCCUUUCAUAUGCUUGCAUGUUGGGUAGAAGAUCCAGAGGGUGAUUAUUUUAAAAACAUCUUGCUCGAGUCUCUGAUUUCAUAUGGAUUGGCGAGGAUGGCCUCAAAAUUCAGAGUGAUAAUGGAGGUUGUAACAGCUUGGGAACCCGCGGAUGGGAAAACCUGGUUAGAGUGGUUUAGUCCUGUGGAAUUUGUUGAAGACACGGUCAUCGAGCAUGAGUAUGUGGAAUGUACGGGGUCAGCCAUUGUAGCGUUGACUCAGUUUAGUAAACAAUUCCCGGAGUUUAGAAAGAAAGAGGUUGAAAGGUUUAUAACUAAAGGCGUGAAGUACAUUGAGGAUUUGCAAAUGAAGGAUGGUUCAUGGUGCGGAAACUGGGAGUGUGUUUUAUCUAUGGGACCUUCUUGCCGUAAGAGGUCUUGUGGCUGCAGGGAAGACUUUCAAUAACUGUGAACCAAUUCGUCGAGCAGUUCGUUUCCUUCUCGACACGCAAAACCCGGAGGGCGGCUGGGGAGAGAGCUAUCUCUCUUGCCUAAGCAAGAAAUAUACUCAUUUAGCAGGAAACAACACAAAUAUAGUGAAUACAGGACAAGCGCUUAU